AUGGCUGAUCCAGCUCCUGUCCUCUGGCCUUCGCACCAUCCCAGGGCCAUAACUCCUUUGUCGCCUCGCAAAAGGCGUCGUUAUCUUCGUGAAUCAGAAGAGUCGGAGGGUGAUAUGAGUCUGGAGCAGUACAUGCACUCCUCCAAGAUCUAUCGGUCGGUCAGCGUCACGAGUCCACUACCUCUACCGGUGAAAAUGGAGACUGUGCCUGCUCUAGAACAGAGGAUCAGUCCACUUUACCCGGAGAUUGAAGCUAUCAUGAGCCGGCACAAUCUUAAUGUCACCUCAACCUUCCAAUGUGGGAAGAUGAGCAAACUCUUGAAGGCAGGUCUCCAGGACGGAUCAACCUAUACCUUCCUCCCGAGCGGAGACUACAGCCCCGAAGGACACGGGAAGCUCUUCGGCAUGCAAAAGUAUCUCAGCAACUCCGACCCCAACAUUCCUCCUCUCGGUCCCAUCAAAGACGAUAUCGUGGAUCUCUUCUACUAG